ACGACUUCCUUUCUCCACUCCUUUCCUGAGGAGGCCGGUCAGCUGUCUGUCGGUUUUCAGGGUUUAAACUUAUUUUCAUUUACUCGGAACAGGAGGACGUUGAAACAUAUUAUGUCUUCCAACAAUAUGGCAGACCCGAGGAGGCAAAAUAAAAUUCUAAGGUACAAACCCCCCAGCACAGAGACCAACCCAACACUGGAGGACCCCACACCUGACUACAUGAACUUGCUCGGCAUGAUCUUCAGCAUGUGUGGACUCAUGCUCAAGCUUAAGUGGUGUGCGUGGAUUGCGGUCUACUGCUCGUUCAUCAGCUUUGCAAACUCCAGAAGCUCAGAAGACACCAAACAGAUGAUGAGCAGCUUCAUGUUGUCCAUCUCAGCAGUUGUGAUGUCCUACCUCCAGAACCCACAGCCAAUGUCACCGCCAUGGUAACCAUGGGCCAGUCUCAGGAAAGAGCAAAAGUGGAUUGUGGAUGCUGGAGUGGGUGACGAGACAUCUGACUCAACCCCUCCUGGCCAUCUAUGGGAGUAAACAGAGAGAGGGGAACAUAAUGUAAUAGAGAGAAAAGGAGAGGUAGACAGUAAGGAGAGCACUAUGUCGAGAUAGAAAGAUAAAACAUCUUGGACUUUGCUCUCCAUUUUUUUCUGUUUUUAACCUUUUUCUAAGUCUUUUGUUUGGUCAUGAACCAUUGUCAUAAAUAAAACUGUACGGUUUUUGAAAGGA